AUGGCCCCCACCCCGGCGCUGCUCCUGGUCCUGGUCCUGCCGCUGCUGUGCCGCCCGCUGCUCGGGGCGCCGGGCGAGGGAGCGGGCGCCUGGGCGCGCUUCGCCGACCUGCCCUACCCGCAAGACCAGCUCUUCCUCUACGACGCCUUCCCCGAGGGCUUCCUGUGGGGGGCCGGCAGCGCGGCGUACCAGGUGGAGGGCGCCUGGCGGCAGGAUGGCAAGGGGCCCUCGGUGUGGGACGUCUGGGCGCGCGGCGGCGGAGGGUCCGGCGGGCCGGGCGCCGACAGCUACAACCGCCUCCAGCGCGACCUGGACGGGCUGCAGCUGCUGGGCGUCUCCCACUACCGCUUCUCGCUGGCCUGGGCGCGCCUGCUGCCCAACGGCACGGCGCCCGCCAACGCGGCGGCUGUGCGCUAUUACGCGCGCCUCCUGGCCGGCCUGCGCGCCCGCGGCGUGGAGCCGGUGGUCACCCUCUACCACUGGGACCUGCCCCAGCGCCUGCAGGACGCCCUCGGCGGCUGGCAGAGCCCGGCGCUGGUGGAGCGCUUCCGGGACUACGCCGAGCUCUGCUUCAGGCACUUCGGCGCCCACGUGCGCUACUGGCUCACCAUCGACAACCCGUACGUCGUGGCUUGGCACGGCUACGCCACCGGCCGGCUGCCCCCCGGCGUCCGGGGCGGGCGAGAGGCGGGCUACAGGGCGGCCCACAACCUCCUCAAGGCUCAUGCCAAAGUCUGGCACCUUUACAACAAUCAUUUCCGAGCAACUCAACGAGGUCAAGUAUCCAUCGCCCUAAGUUCUCACUGGAUAGAACCUCAAAAGAUGACUGGAGAAGAUAUAAUGUCAUGUCAAAAGUCUCUGGACUUUGUACUGGGCUGGUUUGCUAAGCCUGUGUUUAUUGAUGGAGACUACCCUCAGAGCAUGAAGGAUAAUCUGUCCUCGGUGCUGCCAGAAUUUACCGAAGCAGAGAAAAAGUUUGUUAGGGGAACAGCUGAUUUCUUUGCUCUUUCCUUCGGAGCAACACUGAGUUUCUAUCUUGUGGAUUUUGCCAUGAAGUUCCAGCAGCAGGAAUCACUCAACUUGAGGCCUCUCCUUUACUGGAUAAGCAAGGAAUAUAACAAACCCCAGGUCUUCAUUGUGGAGAACAGCUGGUUUAUUUCAGGUCACACAAAGACAGAUGACAGCAAGUAUGUAUAUUAUCUCAAAAGAUUCAUUAUGGAAACUUUAAAAGCUAUCAGAUAUGAUAAAGUCCCUGUCAUUGGAUACACAGUGUGGUCACUCAUGGAUGGCUUUGAAUGGGUCAGAGGCAACGUUCGAAGGGGUUUGUUUUAUGUUGACUUUCAAAGCCGUGAGAAAGAAUUGAUACCAAAGUCUUCAGCACUUUUCUACCAAGAGGUGAUAGGAAAAAAUGGUUUCCUUCCAUUACCAGAAAACCAGCCAAUAGAAGGGAUUUUCCCUUGUAAUUUUGCGUGGGGAAUUACUGAAAAUAAUCUUCAUAUAGAUACCACUCCAUCCCAGUUUCUUGACCCCAGUGUUUAUGUUUGGGAUGUCCAUCGAACCAAGGCUCUCAUUAAAGUGGAGGGAGUUGAUGCCCCCAAACGCAAGCGUCACUGUGCUGAUCUUGCUGCUAUCAGACUUCAGAUUUCUUUGCUUAGAGAAAUGCACAUCUCACACUUCUAUUUUUCAUUGAAAUGGUCUUUGAUUCUCCCUUCAGGUAACCUGUCUUAUGUUAACCACACACUCCUGUUUUAUUAUCAGUGUUUUGUCAGUGAACUGCUUAGAGUUAAUAUAACUCCUGUGGUUGCUUUGUGGAAGCCUAUGGGUGAGAAUCAAGGACUUCCUGUUUCUCUAUCCAAGCAUGGCGGGUGGGAGAACCCUUUGACUGUAUGUUCCUUUGAGGAGUAUGCAAGACUCUGUUUUAAAAAACUUGGCCAGCAUGUCAAAUUUUGGAUCACAAUUAAUGAACCUUACACAAAGAAUCUGACGUUCACUGCAGCACACAAUCUACUGAAAGGUCAUGCCAAAGCCUGGCACAUUUAUGAUAAAGAAUUCAGGAAGACUCAGAAGGGCAAAAUAUCAAUUGCUUUACAAGCUGACUGGGCAGAGCCUGCCUGUCCCUUUUCUGAAGAUGACAAAAUUGCUGCCAGCCGAGUUUUGGAAUUUGACUUUGGUUGGUUGGCUGAGCCCAUCUUUGGAAAGGGUGACUAUCCAGAUGUGAUGAGACAGUGGCAUUAUCAAAGAAACAGCAGAGACGUGUGGGAUUUCUACUUACCUUAUUUCUCAGAGGAGGAAAAAAAGCUAAUACAUGGUUCGUUUGACUUUUUUGCCUUAAGUCACUACACCACAGUACUUGUGGACUCAGAAAACGAAGACCCAGAGAAAUAUGACCAAAGACUCAAGGUCCAAAUGCUAAAUGACAUCACCUGGCUGGAAUCGCCCAGUGGAAGUAGAGUGGUACCUUGGGGGUUGCGCAAGCUCCUCCAGUGGGUAAAAAUGAAAUACGGCGAUGUACCAAUUUACAUCAUAGCCAACGGGGUUGACGACAAGCCGAAUACAGCUGAGGACAAGCUGAGAAUUUAUUACAUACAGAAUUAUAUCAAUGAAGCUUUAAAAGCCUACACUUUGGAUAACAUCAACAUCCAAGGAUAUUUUUUCUAUUGUUUCAUUGAUAGAACUGAUCCAAAAUAUGGCCUUUAUCAUUAUGUUGGCAACCAAUAUGAGCCAAGACCUUCCAUGAAGCUUUACAGCAAGAUAAUUGACAGUAGUGGCUUUCCAGGCCCAGGAACCCCAGAACUGGUUUGUCCAGAAGAAACUGCUCUUGACACAGCCUACCGUGCUUUCCAACCCAGAAGAUCUUUUCUUGCAUUUAUAUCUUUUAUAUGUUUUGCUUUUGUUGUUACUGUAUUUAUGAUAAUUAACUACUCCAGGAAGGUUGACAAAAGACACACAUAGCACUGAUCUUUUGCGUGUCCCUUGUUUCACUCUCACUUAGAUUACCUGGAGAACUGGAAGUAACUCAGUAUACCAUGGUUUCAUUAGUGUAAAGCUAUUUAUGUUGCCUCAUGCUGUAGAGCACUAAAAAUGAGUAUGGAUUGUGUCAUGUAGCUUGCUCAACUCUUCUCUGAGUUAGCAUUUUUGGUUUGUAGUAUAGCUGUACCCACCCAACCCAAGUUAAGUAAUCUAGUGCAAUCCAGUGCAGAGUUACUGCAGUGUUAAUCUAUUGAUUUUAAUGGGCUUAGAAUGGAGCAGGGCUUUUUUUCAGCUGGAACGCAGUGGAACAGAGUU